AACAGCGACCAUGGAAGGGGAAUCAUCACAUUCUUUACAACACAGAGCGUACUUGUCGUGGAGCUUCUUCCAUAUCUAACAAGCACUGCAGGAUGGUAUCUUGCAAGAACGCCGAAAGCCAACAAGGAAAGUGGUCUCGGAGGCAGAUCCGCAACGGACAACCACCGCUCUUUCACACCCUUCACUCCAGCCUCCCAAAGUCAAGCAAAAUGCGCACGGCACUUACGACGGGCACUCUUCGGCCACGAUACUUCAGACAAAGCUGGUAGAUAAUGGGUGUGCAGCAGCAUCUUAUGGUAUCGCGGAGGACUUUCGCGCUUCGGCAGCCCAUGAUCAUCCAUUGUCAGCGGUACUCCCGAACUAAGUUCAAGCUGAUAUCAGCUUGCGGCAGCCUUUGGGAGUUAUAAGCCCUCGAUUAUCGCACUCUUCAUGAUUUAAUUUCGAACAGUAUUUUAGGAUCACACGAUAGCAGCGUCGCCACUUUCCCACCGACACCACCGUCCGCCCAACGUUGAUGAGGCUUUUGGCCAUGUAGUAUCAAGAGGCGCAAGGCCUGGCGGAGGAUCACCGGCUUCGCACCCUCUUGUGUCCUUUUCCUUCUUACUACAGGUGUUCUACGUCAUAUAUAUGAACAUUUUGUCGUGCUGAAAUGUCAAUCUUCUGGCGCACUCGCGAUCUGACAACCUGUCACCUUAUGGUGGUAACAGGUCCCCAUAACGGUCAGGAGAGAUGAGACUGCUGGACUUCGACCCUCAGCCAUACCAACUCUAGCUUCAUGGUUUGGCAUUAUCGGAACGUCAGGCUUCCCUCAGAUGCGGGCCGAAGGCAUACUGAUAAGGGCUUGCCAAAAUCAAGCAUAUCCAGUCUGACGUUUCUUAUCUGGGAAAGCCGUGUGUCAUUGGACUCCCAUCGCUGAGGAGCAUUUUAAAUACCUACUGACGGUCGAAUUUCCUGCUGCCGACCACGCGGUAUCUUCGAAGGCAUGUCGCCGCAACAACUUUCGUUGCCUUGACCCCCAACGACGAUCUCUUACAGCCCGGAACAAGAAUCACAAGGAUGCCUCUACAAUCCAGCUGAGGCCAUGAUCAUGUCCAAUUCCGUACUUGUAUGCGCUGGCAGACAAGUCGCUCUGUACUGCACACAGGUGCGGACAUUAUGUCACCCCAAUCCUGACCAGGGAUGCAUUCAUUCACUCGAGCAAUGCGCGAGCUAUGGACUCAUUCACGGCCCGGAGGACUAGGAGGAGAGCUUUUUGCAAUUGCUUGGCUUUGAGGAUGGGUUUCUUUCGCUUUUGCGUAUCGUAGAUAACUUAUUUCGUGAGACUUUGUAAUGAAUUUGAUGAGGAGGAGCGAGGCAGAGGUCGCGCUAAAAAGGAUGCGAUGCGACUCUGGCAGCUGCAGGGGGGAAGCUCACAGUAUCUCGACGAGCUGAGAAAAGGAUAUUACUACACGGUAGGUGGACCUUCUACCGUAAGAGCAUCUCCUCGCACUCACAGUACGCCCGAUCUACUACUGCGGUUUUUGUUUAUGUUUUCUCUGUCAUUUUCCUACCCCUAUCAAUCAGGUGCAGCAAUCUGUUCGCCUGCCCGCUCGCUCUGGGGCGCCUGGUUCGGCUAAGGGCAAAUGCGGUCGUCUCGCCCAAGCAUCACCGAAAGGCUUCCUCACCAAACUCGAACCCAUCAUCCCCAAAUCCCCACGACAGACAGACCCGCCAGUCCAGGCAGGUAUGUCGACAUGAUUGAUACCUGGAGCCACGGCGACGAUCGCAGAGACCGAGGACGAGUUGAUCGAGGAGUCAGAAGAUCGCCAUCGCCAUCGCGCGACCGCAAAUUCAACCACGACCGACGACGUUCGCCUCGUCGGGAGUCGAGGGAAUCCAAAGACCGCACACCAGCCAAAUCAAGAUCUAUUACUCAGAGCAGUAGAACUCGCGAUCGGAGCCUCGAGCAUAGGAGACGAGCGUCACGAUCGCCCAUUCGAGACUCCAGGAACGAGGUGCGUGAACGCAAUCGAGGACGAGAGCUGCUGGACACAAGAGGAUCCGAGAAGCCAAAACGAAGCAUCACACACCAUUCACCUUCGUCAGUAAAGCGGCGCAAGAGUCGAAGCCCUUCUCCUCGAGGACACAAGAAGUCGAGACGAGAGGGAUCACGUAGCCCGUCGAGAUCAGAACAUAGGUCUGGCCCGCCCUCAAAGGCCGACAAGAAACGUCGACCACUAUCACCCAUACCACAUCGACGAGACUCUCCUGAUCGGAGACAGUCCGAUAUCCGUAGCGAGGGCAAGCAGAGGAGUCGAGAACCUGGAGCUUUUGAUAGACGUGGUCGGUCUCCUAGCCCACGACGCGACAGACGCGAGCCAUUUCUAAAAUCCAAUAACAUAAGACGUGAGAGAUCUCCCGCAAGACAAUCACAAAAGCAACGUGAUAGAUCACCAUUCCAUAAGAAUAAGGAAGAUUGGCCAAAGGAUACAAAGCGAGAUCGCUCUCCACUCGAGAAGCCACGAGGUAAGGAUCCAAAAAGGGAGCAUUCACCAGUUGCUGGCCGAAGGUCGCCUAGUUUUGACCGCUUCGGACCACCAAAUCGAUCUCGUCAACCAUCCCCGCGUGGCCCUAAGUUCGCAAAAGACCAGCGAGGUGGCAAAUCACCUGGAGGGGAUCGAGGUGGCAGACGAGAUUCGAGAGACGACUUUCCAAGGGACGACUUUCGGCCGGGCAAAGGCAAGGCAAAAUCGGGCAAACCGGUGUUGCCAACUGCAUCAGGUGCAAACAGCAUCGAAGUCAAGGUUAGCAGAGCUUCUGCAUCGACAUCCUCUACUGCCGCUUCGGGUGCGAACAGCAUUGAAGUCAAGUCAGAUAAGAUGAAUGGCCGAGGAAACUUUUAUGGUCAUGGCUACAAUGCCAAUCCUAUGCAGGCUGCUUUUCCUCUUAAGCCACAAUACCAACAAGGACCACCCAUUGAUCCUCGCCAAUAUUCACAGUCGCCACAGCAUCAGAUGACCCCUAACUCACAUUACAGCGGAUCACCACAAGCUCAGUCUCCUUACUCUGCCGGAAGGGGCAAUUAUGGCCACCAACAGUUUUCCCCUCAACCUCAAUAUCCCCAGACCUAUCAGCAGCCACAGCAACCGAAUUAUCCCACUGGUCCUCAAAACCAGAACCACUUUUACAAUCAAGCCCAGUCUCCUCCCUAUCAAGCUCCUUCGGGGCCUAUGAAUGCACAAUAUAACCAGGGCAGUUUCCGAGGUAACCAACGAGGAUUUCGAGGAAAUCACUACAACCAGAGGGGUGGCCGUGGCGAUCAUCGGGGUGGUCGAGGAGGUCAUUUCCAGAAUCAACAGUGGAAUUCUCAAACCGGUGCUGGUCGUGGACAACACAUCAAUAAUUCUGGGAAUGUUACCCCUCAGCAUGUUUCUCCCCCACAACAGCUUCAACAAAAUACUGGAUCACAAGCUGGAUCUCAAGCAGGGACUCCUCAACACGAGCCAGCACCCGUCGAAGAUGAUGAGGAUUCCGAGGACUUGUUUCGACCUUCCAAAGAUCUACAGGUCGAAGAUAAGGAAGCCAUCAAGAAGAAGGACGAGGAGACAAUGCCACCGCCUAGUCGACCUCCUCCUACGGGUCCCCAAAGUCAACAGCAGAACUCUUCAAAGUUCAGCUUCUCACUGGCAGGAAAGUCGAAAAAUCUCCCGACCACGCCAAAACUGGAGAUAUCUCAGAAGUUGAACGCAGGGCCGGCUCGAAAUGUCCAGUUCAGUCCAGAUCGCCCUCGUGGGCCCAACUCUCGAAAUAUUCCUACUGAACCUGCUUCGUCCAGACAACAGAACUUCCCAAAGCCAGCAAUCCCGACAACUCGAAAGGUCAAAAAGAUCAUGAAGCGAGUAAAGGAGCGACCUCAACUUACCGACGAUUUCAAGAAGUCCGAGUCUGUUUACUACCGAAAGCCCGGGAACGAGUCUGUUGUUGGAUCCGGAACAUACGGAAAAGUCUUCAAGGCUAUACAUGUAUUCACAAAGGAUCUGGUAGCAUUGAAAAAGAUCCGGAUGGAAGGCGAGCGGGAUGGAUUUCCAGUCACAGCGGUUCGAGAAAUCAAGCUUCUGCAAUCAUUGAAGCAUCAAAACAUCGUCAACAUGCAAGAAGUUAUGGUAGAGAAGAACGAUUGCUUUAUGGUCUUCGAAUACCUGUCGCACGACUUGACUGGCUUAUUGAAUCAUCCAACAUUCAAGCUUGAAGCAGCACAUAAGAAGCAUCUGGCAAAGCAGCUUUUUGAGGGCCUCGACUACCUCCAUCGACGUGGUGUACUUCACCGAGAUAUCAAAGCGGCAAAUAUCCUCGUCAGUAAUGAUGGGCAAUUGAAGAUAGCAGAUUUUGGUCUCGCAAGGUUCUACGCCAAACGCCGUCAGCUUGACUAUACGAAUCGGGUCAUCACUAUCUGGUAUCGAUCGCCAGAGCUUCUCCUUGGUGAGACUCAGUAUGGGCCUGCUGUCGAUAUUUGGAGUGCGGCAUGCGUACUAGUGGAGAUUUUUACGAGACAUGCCAUCUUCCCUGGCGAUGGAACAGAAAUGAGCCAGCUGGAGAAGCUAUAUGCUAUUCUCGGUACACCAACUAAGUCCAUCUGGCCAGGACUCACUGAUAUGGCGUGGUUCGCCCUUCUUCGCCCUUCAGCUCGCCGACCAAAUGUCUUUGCAGAGAAGUACAAGGAACGGGUGACACCUGCUGCCUUCGAACUCCUCGAAGCAAUGCUACAAUACGACCCCGCCAAACGUCCCUCGGCCUCUGACGUCCUAGAGCAUCCUUACUUCACAACUGAGGAGCCUCAGUCGAGACAAGCUACUGAGCUUGCUCUGCUCGAAGGCGACUGGCACGAAUUCGAAUCCAAAGCUCUGCGUAAGGAGAACGAACGCAAAGACAAAGAGGCUCGCCGUACGGCGCAGAAAGAAGCCGCUGCCAAGGCUGAGAAGGAGAAGAAGCGUGGAUCGGAAACAGCACUACCUGAUGAACCGGAUGCUAAGAGAGUGCAGACUGCUCCACCGGGAGAAGUUGCUGCUAAGGCUCCGGUCGCCGCGGUUGGGAACUGAGGACUGUUCAAAGAAGUGAGAUAUAGGUUGAUUGUGUAGGAAUAUUUUGCCACGACAGGCGAUUCGUGGCCUGCAGAGACCAGCGAAGUGGGUCGAUUGACCCCGCAAGCUUUUUAGGAACCGAACCCUAGGUCUAAGGGAACAAUGAGAGGAUGAAUAUGUAUAUGGUACCACUUCUGUGUCCAGCCGCAGCCUUAUACUUCUAGCGAGCCAGUGGCAUGGAGUCCAUGCGUUCAGAGGCAUUGUGACCCGUGAGAGGGUUUUGGCAGUGUAUAAGACAGAUAAGGGCAGAUAAAAGGUCCAAAAUGGUCUCUCUUUUAUAGCGGAGACGGGAGACCUUGUGGGGGAUGAGAAAAGCCGCUCGCUUAGCUUGGCUGCAUUUAAUGAACAUACAAGAGCUCGGAGAUCUUCCUCCUAAUGUCUGUUCAGUUCUCAUUUCUGAACUGUGCUAGUCAGUAUCAUGUGUUUAGUCAUGCGGCUCUGCACGCAAUGAGUAGAGCUGCAUUUUCAUGUUUCUGCAUUUCAGGAUUGAUUAUUCGCUCUAAUUUAAGCUACCUACCUAGAUGGCCAUGUCUCUAUGCAUGCACCUAUGCCUCCCAUCCAUCACUUCGUAAUCCUACUCGUACGUUCAAAACAUAUGAAAUCAUGAGCCAAGCAAAACACGAACCGACUCCCAACGCCUUGUCCUCGUCAUCAUGCUCGUCAAUAAAUCAACUCAGCCGCCUCAAGCGAGAAAGUCAAGAACCACACAAAUAGAUGUCUGAACCACCCAAAGAGCGAGCGGAAUUACCCUCCGAACGAAACAUCAGCCGAGAAGAAACCAAAGCAGGAUGCAAUCAAGCACCACUCCUGUAGAUCUGGCUCCCCUGGCCUCGAAUCGUAACGGUAUCUCUCCUUUGCAGGACCGUAAUGGCCCUCUGCAGCGCCUGUUCACUAUACCCCUUGCCAUCACAUAACUCCCUCUUUAAAGUCUGCAAACUCGUGCUCCACCCAAUUGGCAGUCUCUUCUUCAGCUCGUCCUCCAACUUGUUCACCUCGUCGUUCAACUCCUUACUACCCUGGCCGCUGCCCAUUUUGACAGCGUCCAUGGUGGAUGCGAGGAACAGCCGGAUCGCUUCAUCGACAUGUUGUUCCGUGGCGAUGGGCGAGAGGGAGAGCUUGGCGAGGGAUUCGGUGAUUCGGAUUAUGGCUUCGAGUUGGCGGACGGUGAUGGGGAUGGAGGAGCGGGCAUUGGACUCGAGUUCGGCGGCGUGGACUUGUUUGCGAAUGGAAACGAAGUGGGAGGAGAGCUUUUCGGCGGCUUCUGGAGAAAGGCGAGGGGCGCAGCGUCUGGAAGGGGAAUGUUAGACAUGGUUAAUUCUUCUUCUUUUGUAGCUGACAUAACGCUUCAUCUUGUCAACCGAGAUCUCAGCCUCGGCUUGCUCUUCUACACCUCGUCCGCCCAUGUUGAUACCCAUGACGUGUUUGGCGAUCUUGAUAUCUCUUCCACGAUCAUGGUCGUCCUUGACGAUGAAAAUCAUGUCGAAACGAGAGAGAAUGGUGGUUUGGAAAUCGAUGUUCUCUCCUGGUGUCUUGAGAUCAUCGUAUCGUCCGAAAAUAGGAUUAGCAGCUGCGAGGACUGAUGUUCUGGCAUUGAGAAUCGUGGUGAUGCCUGCUUUGGCGAUAGAGAUAGUUUGUUGUUCCAUGGCUUCGUGGAUAGCUACUCUGUCUUCGUCACGCAUCUUGUCGAACUCAUCGAUACAGACUACACCUCCGUCGGCUAAAACCAUAGCUCCUCCUUCGAGGUAGAAUUCUCUGGUUGUGUGAUCGCGUUGAACAGAGGCUGUAAGACCGGCUGCCGAGGAACCUUUUCCGGAAGUGUAGAUUGCGAUUGGGGCAGCUUUCUCGACGAAUUUCAAGAGUUGGGACUUUGCUGUUCCGGGGUCACCAAGGAGGAGGACAUUGAUGUCUCCACGAAGUUUCAUUCCAUCUGGCAAUAUCUUCUUCGAGCCACCGAGAAGAAGACAUGCAAUAGCUUUCUUGAUAUCCUGGUUUCCGUAAAUCGAUGGAGCGAUACAGUUUGCAAAGACGGUAUAGAGAUCAGGUCUUCUACUCAUUUCCAAGAACUCUUGCUCUUCUUCCUCCGAGAAGAUAGCAUUUCCUUUCGCAGUAUGGUCGACAUCACUGUGGAUGCCAACCGCCCGUAGAUAUGGAGUUCGGAUAGCCACUGCAGAAGUUGUGCUAGAUCCCUUGGACUGUUUAUUCUGGUAGAUGGAGAAAAUCCCUGUAAUCAUGCAUCUUGAUCCUGGAACAACACGAUUCGUGAGAUAUCUAUCAGUAGAAAUGAGAACAUGCCUUGGAAGUUCUCCAACUGGCACCUGGUCUGGCGCUUCUUGCAGCUUGAUGAUCUGUUGGUCAACAAAUUGGGAGUUUUCGUGAACAACAAUGUACGGAUCCAUCGGGCAAGAAUCGUCUCCUGGUGCCUUCACUCUGUCGCAAUAUCUUGGUAGCGAGACUCCAGCGAAUCCACCUGCUACAGGAAGGAUCUUGGUCUGAUGGCAGUUUCGGCAUUGGAUGUGCAGUGCUGUCGCCUUUGAAGACAAAACUGAUGCACCAAUGACAAUUCCUGGCACGCGAACAAGUCGGGAAAUUGUGAGGGCGUCGAGAUUUCGGAUGGAGAUGUCGCCUGCGGAGGAGUGCAGCAGGAGCUGAUGUUCUGGGAGUGUGAUUUCUUUAGUGGAUGGGUAGACGAUU